UGUUGCCAAAAAGCUUGCUGGUUAAUGGUUGUUUGAACUUCUGGUACUUCAAGCUCACUACUAACAGCAGCAGCAGCAGCAGUCUUGUUGCUAGGUUUUCUACGGACAAAGGCGCCAUGUGGACUGAUCAAGGACAGCAGCCCCUCACUUGGACCGAAGGAUGGUCCAGAUUUGCUAAAUUUGAUCCGGGGGACAAUGUUCAGAUACUGCUGGAGGCGUCGGUCGUCUUUGGAUUUAUUGCCCUGGAUGAUAUUUAUCUGGCUCCCGGCGUCUGCCCUCAGCCUCCCAAGUGCACAUUUGAAAAUGACAUGGAUUACUGGGGAAGAAAUGCCAUGGGCAACAUACGUGACUGGAACGUUCUUGGUGCCCACAAGUUGGGAGUCCCUGACCGCACAAUGGGAAGCACAAAAGGCCACUUCUUGUACCUGAACACCACUAAUGUACCCCAGCGUCCACACCCAUUUGCCAGGGUGUUUUUCAGCCGACGCACUGCCACCAAAGCCACCUGCCUCAAAUUCUGGUGGAGAUCACAUGGUGCAGUCAGCAGACUCAAUGUCUACCGGUUCACCGAAGCAACGGGGCUGCGAGACCCCAUCUUAUCGGUGAUGACGGAACAAAAUUCACAGUGGUGGCACGGUCGCUCGGUGACAUUGUCGGCACACAGCAUCUGGCAGGUCGUGUUCGAAGUACUUCCGCCGCAACAGUUUCAUACUCCAUCUGGUGUUCUCCUCGAUGACAUCGAGUAUGUCAACGGGGAGUGUCCUCGAGAGGAUUACUGCACGUUUGAGCACCCCGAUUGUCUGCAUUGGGUGGAUGCCUACGGGAGCGAUGCCGAUGCAACCGGGAAGCGUGCCUUCGACAGCCGUUGGCAGCUGGAGAGGGGAGAUACCUCGCUGUUGCUUAGGGAUCACACUCUGGACUCCAUUCAAGGUCACUUUCUGUUUUUCUCGGAGAAAGAGGCAGGCCGCACUGCUGGUUUGGUGCUGACAGACAGCCGCUACAGGUGUGCCUCGUUCUGGUACCAGUUGUCCGCACACCCCCAAGGGUGUACCAUCAAAACGAGAGAUCUGCGACUUACCGGGUCUACCGCCGGAAAGUGGAAGCAGGCCAGAUUUCAUCUCGCUUCGGGAGACGACAAGAUAAUUGCGGUGUCUGGCAACAACAGCGAGGCAUUUGUUCUUCUUGACGACCUCUUGGUCUCGGAAAAGUCCUGCAGUAAUGAAGACCAUCAAAGAGCGCAGCUCGGUUGCAAAGACGGCAAGUUGUUGCCAAUGGAGAAGCUCUGCAACUUUAUCAAGGACUGCGACGGUGGCGAAGACGAAGUCAACUGCGGUCCUUGCAAUUUUGAAAAGGAUUCCUGUGGCUGGACAGUGAUUGGUUCUGGAUUUUCGGAAUUCAAGUAUUUUUGGAAGAGAGUUGACUCAAAGUCGGAAGCAGUUGGUCCUGGAAACGACCACACCACGGGGGACGGGUCGUACCUGCUGCUUCGUGCCAGCCAAGAAUCUCACUAUGCGAGCGUGUCAGCGGACGCACGGAGCCCGAAUUUUCGUGACACUGCUCCACUUUGCGUGAUGAAGUUUUGGUACAACUACUUCACCAUGAACCACACCUACAGCUUCAAGGCGAAUAUGCGUGUGGACAACUUUUUCGUCAGCCUGUGGGAGUUGUCGGUACUCGGCGAACGUCGGCCCGAAGGAACUUGGAACCAAGGGCAGAUCUUGAUUGGUCGUUAUCGGACAGACUUGAUGAUUAUAUUUCGUGUUGAAGAGUCUCCCACUCUCCGGGGUUACACCGCAAUGGAUGACGUCACUUUCGAGGACUGCGCGAUGCCGACACCAUCUGUCAAAUUGGAGCAUGGAAAGUUCUUGUGCCGUAAUAACGUAAGCAUCGACACAGAUUACCGUUGCGACUACGUCGAUCACUGCGGAGACUACAGUGACGAAGAUAACUGCGAUGACUUCAAGUUCCGGUGUAACUUCGACUCCUCCUUUUGCGACUGGAUGCCCGUCGCUCCCACCGGAAAUGUCGGCCAUGGCUGGGAGAGGGCGUCACCAUCUUGGAAUCUGAAAGAGGGACCAACGCGAGACCACAGCACUGGCAACAAAGAGGGGCACUUUCUUUAUCUUGGAUCCAACACACGGACUACAUCUGCCAGCAUUCUUGGCCCCAAGCUUCUCAAUUCUUCGGAUUGUCGGAUGAGGUUCCACUACAUAAUCCGAGGCCCGGCGGCGGCGGUGCUCACGGUGAACACAAGGAGCACGUCAGACGGCGCCUUCAAGGAGAUUUGGAGGAGUGAUCGCCCAUCCGAAUUCUUUCACUUCACCGAAGCAUCGGUGACAUUCCAGGAGGAUCAGCCUUUCCAGGUGUCUUUUGGAGGAACUGUGGAGGGGGCGAGAGACCUACCCGGCUACGUUGCCAUCGACGAUGUCAGUUUUACGCCAACUUGCAGCCAAUUUCAUGGGCACUUUCCACCCGCGCCAAAGGUGACAACAGUGGCACCCAAGGCUUGCCCCAAAGACAACUUCGCUUGCUCCAGUUUGGGAGGGUGCAUUCCGCUGGACCAAGUGUGUGAUUUCAAGAAUCAGUGCAGCGACGGCUCGGACGAGGCACAGUGCGGUGCAUGUGACUUCUCGGUUGGUAUGUGCGGCUUGAAGAAUGACGAAUCCCAGACGCGCCUUGCCUGGCAACGCGUGUCAGCUCAGAUGGUUCACAACAACCCCGACAAGUUUCCAGAGCUACCCGGAACCGACAGUGCCGACAGCCCCAAGGGAUUCUACGCCACUUUCACCUUGGCCAACCCUUCAAUUGCUCAAGGAGUACCCGUGAGCUUGAUCACCCCUCGCUUGGGAGCUACGGGCCACGCAUGCAGGGUCAGCAUGUACAUCUACUUCGCCAAAAGUCGAGAAUUCGAGCUCUUCGUAAGUCCGGGCAGAGUCAUCAAAGGUGCAAUACCUCACAAGGAGAAGGUGUUUGCCGCCGGUGAGGGUGUCCCACUCCGGACUUGGAAGAAAUUCACUGCAAGCAUUGGAAACCGACCACGCGGCCUUUGGUUCUCCUUUCAAGCCAAGGACAAUACGAGCAUUGAUGAAAUCACCUAUCAUGACUGCCAUCCAGAGAGUCAGAGCUUGAAAUCGCUCAACUGCACAUUCGAAGAAGAGGACGGCUGCGGCUGGUACCCGGACCAUGCUGGCGCCACGGACGACUGGGUGGUGGAGGACACAAUUCCCAGGUCCGCGGUUGUGGACCACACCACUGGCAAAGGCAAAUACCUGAUUCUGAAGAACUACAUUCCGGGAAGAAGAGCUCUGGCGCGCAUGGUCUCUGCUGGAAUAAACGCCACCGGUGACCGUGGGCGCUGCCUGGGAUUCUGGUACCAGCUGGUAGUCAGCAAUGCCGGCUACCUCUCGGUCAACACAAUAGACGCCAACCGGACCUUGACGGGCGUUUGGUUCAAGAUGGGCAGCCAGGGAGAUGCCUGGGUCAAAGGCGAAGUAAACAUUAAAACCGAAGUACCGGUGAAGCUGAUGUUGGAGGGGUUCAUACAAGCACCUUGGAAGGGUCCUGCCGGCUAUGUUGUCGUGGACGACAUCACCUUCGACGAACAACCAUGCAAGCCCUCUUUGACUUGUGACUUUGAGCAAGGCCCUUGUGAGUGGACGCUGGAAAACUGGAUCAUUGAAAGCGCGUUCCUGUCAAAAGUGGUGCCGUCGGAUCACACCCUCGGAAGGCCUAUUGGUCAUUAUGCUCGAGUGAAAAUUCCGAAAGGACGCAUGCUGAGCCCGAGAUACGAGCUUGUGCCCGAAGAACGACAGUGUCUCCGCUUCUGGCACUUUACCGCGGGUCUUCGGGAGGAGCUGCUCAACGUGUCCAGACUGGCGCUGGACCCCGCGGCUAAAGAGGAGCUUCUCUGGUCCGUCCACGGAGAGGACAACGUCGACCGACAAUGGGCCUCGGCGUCCGUAAACGUCGCCGUUCGGAAGAAGUCUCUGCAGCAGCUGGUCCUGGGUGGCCAGUCCUCGGGCAAGCUGGGAAGCGUCGUUGCCGUGGACGACGUGCUGCUCUCUGGGUGGUCGUGCCCAGACCCCGGAAGCUGCAAUUUCGAAGACGACCUCUGCAACUGGAGGAAUCUCGGCGGACCACUCAACCUCACCUGGCGUCGCUGGUCCGGGCCAACCCUGUCCAGGCGCGAACCAGAGUUCGACCACACCCUCGGGACCCGGCAGGGUCAUUUCUUGCAUCUGGACUCCCGCUAUGGCCUCAACAAUGCGGUGGGUGUCCUGGAAAGCGAACCUCUCCACUACUCACCGGGAAGCUGCCUCCAGUUCUAUUACUACGUUGACAACAUAGGGGUGGAUGCGGCGCUGAGUGUGGACUAUGUCGUGCAUGGAAAGCCGUUUCUUCGCGCUUGGGAGCUCGACCGGUCUCCAAGAUCCGGUUGGACCCUCUUCCAACAUUACGAGACUCAACUUCCAACAACUUACAAUAUAUGGAUCACCGGAUACCCUGGACUCAAGGUGAGGGUAGACGUGGCCAUUGACGACAUUCAAGUCUUCAGAGGAAAGUGCCCUGACGAUUCGUCACCUACCAAUCCCCCAGCCAUGGAACGCAACAACACGGUAUGGGACUGUGACUUCGAUGUGGACUUCUGCUCGUGGAGUCAACAGGGCAGAGCUUCCUGGGUCAUGAGGUCUGGAAAGACAGCCAUCUUCAAGAAGGAGGGACCACACUGGGACAGCAAGCUACGCUCACCGGAAGGGAAGUACGCCUACUUCUCUCCAGUCCCGAAUACGACGAAGACGUUUCUGGCCAGUCCGGUCCUGAAGGACUCUGAGGAGGACUACUGCGUCCAAUUCUGGUACUUCCUGUUCGGUCUUGCUCCAGUGGAGCUCAAAGUGGGCCUAGGGACCAUUAAAGGUGGCAUGAGCCAGGUGAUUUGGCACCAGCAGCGCGCCAACAGUCGCAUCUGGCAGCACGGUUCUCUCACCGUGAGAACCAAGAACCAGAGCGCAGCGGGACAACUGUCGGUCAUCGUGGAGGCAUCGAGGGAAGGACCCGGUCUCGGAGAGAUCGCGAUCGACCAGAUGCACGUCGCACCCACGGGAACCUGUCCUCAUCCCUUGGGCACCCUGUGCGACUUUGAGGGCGCUGGGCUGUGUGGAUUCGAGGUGGACACUUCUGGAGGGGGCCACUGGCGGAGGGUCAAUGCGAGGACGGCCGCGGCCAUGUGGCACACCUACGACCACACCUUCGGAUUCUUCAACGAGGGCCACUACCUGAUGCUCCAACUACCUGGCCACUUAAGGUUGAAGUCAGGGUCGAGUCAGAGUGCCAGCGUCGUCAUUCCCGACCAUCCUGGGACGACGACAAAGUGCCUGGGAAUCUGGUUCUUUAUGGAAGGCAAAGGCCGCGGUACCCUGAACGUCUCGGUGCGACCGAAGGGUUCUUCUGGGCGGCCCAGCCCCCGGGCCAUGUUGUUUAGUGCGGCUGACGUGGGCUGGAGGUACCAACAGGCUAGGAUCAAGACCUCUGGCUUGCACGAGAUCCUGAUCACGGGUGAGGUGGAGGCUGACGGCAUCGUGUCCAUCGGACUAGAUGAUCUGCUCCUCUCCGACGGCGACUGUCCCAGGAUGGGAAGGUGCGACUUUGAGAAGGACAUGUGUGGCUGGGACAACAAGGGUGGAUCAGAGGCCAACAGAAACUGGGUUCGCAACAGUGGCUCAACACCCUCUGCUGGAACAGGACCCUUUGCCGACCACACUCUGGGAACGGCUGAUGGAACCUACGUCUAUCUUGAUGGCAGGAGCGUGGAAGCCAACGAGACGCUGACUGGUGUGCUCGUGUCACAGCCCUGGUUCGCUGGCGUCCCUUACUGCCUCUCCUUCUGGGCCCACAUAAACGUUGAGAACGGAACAGACGUCCCUUCGCUGCGAAUCGUCACCGUUCACGACAAAGACGACAAAAAGAGGAUCCCCCACUUCGUGCUCCAAGGAGGACAAGGAAACAGCUGGAUCUACAAGCAGAUGACGCUCGAUCCCGUCAAAGACAUGGACAACUUCUUCACAAUUCGGUUUGUGGGGACCACGGGAGGAGCGCGUAGCGCCGACAUUGCACUUGACGACAUCAGUGUUUCCCAAGGUGCGUGCAAGAAUACAGUGAAGGGCAAGUACGACUGCAAAGACGGUGAGCACCACAUCGAAUUCUCGCAAGUAUGCGACUUCAAGAAGGACUGUCCAGGCCACGGCGACGACGAGCAACUCUGCGGACAGUGCGACUUCGACACGGACCUGUGCGGUUGGUUCAGCCAGCCAGGCACGGCCGAGUGGUAUCGAGCCAUCGGGAAGUAUUCGCCGAUGAACCUGCUCCUGCCGAACGAGGACGUGAGUAAGGGCACCACGAAUGGAGGCUACGUGUUCGCGUCGGGACCAAAGAAUGCGACGCUGUUGAGCGCUGUGUUGAGGAGUCCAAAUGGCACUCACGCGCUGAAGCGCUCCGGUAAAGACUGCACGAUGACGUUCUGGUACUACAUGCCGACCGCGCAGUACGCAAUCUUCCAGGUCAGAAAGUUUGUGACUGAGUUCAAGCCGGUCAUUUGGAGGACCAAAAGAGACGGCGGAAAAGUAUGGCACAAGGGUGCGGUGUCCGUCGGACGCAGCCGCUCGGAGUUCGGACUUUCGUUCGAGCUCGUUCCGAUGAUGCGGAAUCCGUCCGCCGUGUCCGUAGACGUCGUCGAUUUCGUAGAUUGCGCACUGCCAAAACCGGACAAGACGCCAUGCAACGAGCCUAGUUCGUUCCAGUGCCUGACAAAGCACGUCUGCAUUCACAAAGACCUCAUAUGCGACCAUACGGAUGACUGUGGCGACGGGUCCGAUGAGCUGUCCGAAGUGUGCAGGAACUAUACGGGCUGCACGUUCGAGUUCGGCAGGGAAGCAUGUGACUGGAUCACCGUCACUCCGGGAAACAACAGGAAGCUCGCGACGUGGCAGAGCAUGUCGGCGGAUUACAGCAGGACCAACAUCGACACAGGACCUUACAUCGAUCACACGGUCGGAGCCGUGGGUCGCGGACAGGUGUUAGUGCUCCGCGCCCGGCGUCCAGAACAUUUUAAUUCCUCGGCGGAAUACAAGAGCCCAAAUUACAAGACGUCUGACGGAGGCUGUUUCUUGAGGUUCUUCUACUACCUGUACGGACAGGACGUCGGUGCAAUCAGGGUGUUCGCGCAGCGCCAAGAGAACACAAACCGGACGGACUGGGAACAACUUUGGGAGGUGACGGGCGAGAGGGGUCAACUAUGGAUUCGCGCCGCGGUGCCGUACCACAGCGACAAGCCUUUCCGAUUCGUCCUCGAGGGAACGCUGGGAGGCGGUUACGCAUCCGACUUGGCGAUCGACGACAUUUCGCUGAGCCCGGGAUGCGUCCCGUACAACAGAACGCUGCCGCUUCCCCCUCCUCCGCCGCUUCCACAGUGCAGACGAGGUCAGUUUCCCUGUCGGAACGGGAGCUGUAUCCCCGUCGAACAAGUGUGCGACUUCGAGCCGGAUUGUCCCGACGGGUCGGACGAAGACGGCUGCGGGCCGUGCGACUUCGAAGUCGGAACUUGCGGCUGGUCCGACGCGGGGAAGGGACCCGUCGUAUGGGAGAGGCAGCAGGGAAAGGACAGUGUGGACCCAAGCAAGGAUCAUACUAAAGGGUCGGGAGAGGGACACUUCAUGAGCCCGGCGAGCGUAAUGGGCGGAAUGCACACGGAGGCCUCUCUGGUGGGACCACCCAUGCCUCCCGCGUCGUCCCGUUGCAAGAUGCACCUGUGGUCCUACUACACUACCAAAAAAGACACCAUGCCGCUGACUGUUCGACACUUCGUGCCGGGCAAUAACGCGACUCUACUUGCGCAACUGUCACCGUUAAACGAAUGGAAACUGAACACGAUGGUAGUUCCGCAAUACAACGGCGACGACGCGAGAAUUGAGAUCAGGUUGGUGGCCAAUUUUAUCGGCUACAGUUUCGUCGCUGUAGACGACAUUUCGUUCGACGACUGCCGUCCCUCGUCGGUGUUGGUCGACUGUAACUUCGACGACCCCGGUUUUUACGGCGGCUUCUGUCACUGGAAUACGAGUCAGACGGGACUAAACGGCUGGACGAUCCGAAACGCCACAGCCAGCGACGGAUCGGCGGGUCCGACCGCAGACCACUUCGGCGGCAAGACGAGCUACGCCUUCUUCCGACAGGGCAACUCUUCCGCAGACGAGAGCGCCUGGAUGGAGAGCCCUCGCGUCGCCAGGGCCAUGUCCGACGUGAGCUGCUUCAGCUUCUGGUACUGGAAAAGCCACGACAACCUCGUCAGCCUCGAGGUCGAAGCCGAAACCGAAUCCGGGAACUCAACGCGAUUCGAAAGAGCGGGAUUCGUGCCGGGCGGAUGGAACUACGGCGAGCUGCCCGUGGCAUUCGGCGAACCAUAUCUCUUCAACAUCUCCGCGAUUCCGCUGACCGACAACUUGACGGACGCCUCUGUUGCCGUAGAUGAUGUACUUCUCGAAGCCGGUCCCUGUCGUCGUGCUGGAUUCUGUAACUUCGAAACGGACUUCUGCACUUGGACGCCGACCACAGAAGGUCUUACUCUCGGCUGGACGAGACAGAACGGUCAGACCGCGGCCGGAGCGGCGCCAUUCGUAGAUCACACCCUGCAGAGUGCCGACGGUUACUUUGCAUUGGCCGUUCCGAAACGUCAGGGAGACAGGGCCCGGCUGACGUCGCCACGCUACGAAUCGGCGGGUGACCGUUGUCUGCGGUUCUGGUUCAACAUGGCGGGACCAAAAGCCGGCGAACUCUCGGUCUACCAGACGGUCAACGGGUCGGCGCGACGCGAGAAUCUGAAGCCUGUAUGGCGCCGGUCCGGGGACCACCUAGGCAUUUGGCGCAAGGGUCAUGCGGCGCUCCCGAGGCUGAAUAACUACCACAUCGUCUUCGAAGCAUUCACGACGACGAGUGCGACAAAGGACGACGACGAAGCAAGCUACGUUGCGCUGGACGACGUUCAGCUUAGUCUCGAUUCCUGCGAGAACACCAUCUCCUGCAGCUUCGAGGACGGCCUCUGCGGCUGGGUGAACUAUGAAGCCGAGUCGGACUUCUUGUGGGUUAGCGUGACCGGAUCCGUCGGCGCAAAGUUCGCGGGUCCAUCGAAAGAUGCGACGACGUCUGCGGAACAAGGAAGCUACAUGUUGGCGGCCAUCACGAACUUGAAGAGGGGCGACAAGGCCAUUCUGGUCUCGGACGAGGUGGACGUGGUUCCGUUCGAAGAGUACUGCUUCGUGUGGUGGUACGUAGUGACGGACGGUGGCAACACUGGUCUGGUGCUGCAGAGGAUGAGUUGGGGAGAGAAGGCGUCUUCCAUGAACGUUACAAGGAUCAGAGGAGCCCCAAAAUGGACGCAGAUGCGCACCUCCGUUCAUGUAGGGCCAGGAAUAUCCAGCCUAGCCUUCCGACUGGUCGCGGAAACGUACGCAAACUACAGCUCCGCCUUGAAAGCCGCCAUUGCCGUGGACGACAUCGAGUUCUUCCGCGGCUCCUGCAAAAAAGGUCCAGAAGGCCCGGUCCACCCAACCGCUAUGACGUACCCUGCUCACCCAUUGGACUGCGACUUCGAGCUUGACGACUGCGCUUGGCACAAUGGCACCCGCGACCCGCGUCUGUCCUUCUGGCGGCGAACUCAAGGAGACGCUUACAAGGACCUCCACACGUUGAUGCCGCGAACGGACCACACAACCCUGUCCGUCCACGGAACCUACCUUCUUUUCACAGUGAAGCUAAUCACAUCACAAUCCGAAACCACGACCUUCGAGAGCAAGUACCCGCUGCAGACGGAAGACCGCGGAGUUUGUGUCAAGUUUUGGUACUACCGGCAGGGCACCCUCGCUUCGCGUUUCCGUCUGUUCGGAAGGGACGCGGCGACGAAUGCCACCACUAUCUACUGGACGACGACGGGGCCAAAGGGCCCGCAGUGGAACUACGCGCAGGUUUCGCUCGGCAAGGAUCAAGUCGUGUAUCUCGCUUUUGCCGCCGAGGCGAGGUUGGGGAGUCAGACAGCACUCGACGACAUUGCGGUCAACGUAGGCGAGUGUCCUCCUCCGGCAUUGUGCGACUUCGAAGGCGACGAGUGCGGAUGGCAGGCGGUCGUCGGCGACCCUGGACCAUUUUGGCAGAGGACGUCGGCACUGGUGAGCGUCGGAAAGCGGGACCACACCCUCGGAGCGGUCGGGGGACACGUGCUUGCAGUCGACACGUUUGGAAAGAAAGCCACUCAAGGAAGCUGGGCCGAGGUCUAUAGCCGCCCGUAUUUCGGAGAGGGCGCCCUGUGCAUCCGAUUCUGGUACCAGCUCACCGAAGGCCACAAACUUUCCGUCGGAAUAUACCACCUGGAGACCACGUGGCCCCUGAAGGUCGACUUAGUCACCGGCAAACUGCAGCAGCCGGGCACUUGGCACGGGGCGCAAGCGAACGUGUACUUUGUUCCGAAGUCUGAAUUCGAGUACUACUUCACGGCUGAGCUGGGCGCUCGAGGAGGGGUCGUGGCCGUGGACGACAUCGAGGUGCGUGGGCGCUGUCCCGAGCUCGGAACGUGCGACUUCGAGGACGACUUCUGCCUCUGGGAGAACGAGCCGGUGGUGUCGGAAUCCCGUCAGUGGAACAGAGUCACCGGAAGAUCGAACGUGAUGGGACCAGAUUUCGACCACACCUCCGGCCAACUCUACGGCACGUACGCGGUCGUCUCGACCUACUCCUACAUGACCGCACCGCCGUCGCGUCUGAUGUCUCCGCUGCUCACCAGGUGCAGCGGCAGGUGCUUCAGCUUCUGGGUUUACCACCACGGGACGCAGCCCCACAUGCUCGACGUAAUCCUGCGGACUCCGAGUGGGGACGACUCGCUUCCGUACGCAACCGCCGCCGACACAGAGGGACGCUGGGUCAAGGCGCAACUUAACUUCACGUCGAAAUCCGAUCAGUGUCGAAUCGGUCUGAAACCUACGUUUCCUCGUCUGCAGUCGGUCUUCCUCGCCGUGGACGAUUUCGUCGUAGCCGACGGUCCAUGCGAACCUCUCGAGGAUUCGAACCACCCGUCGUUCACCUGCGACAACGGCACGACGCACCUGACGCGGGAGAAACUGUGCAACUUCAUGCGCAAUUGUGCGGACGGUUCGGACGAGGUGCACUGCGGAACCAAGUGCGACUUCGAGAGGGACAAUUGCUCCUGGUGGUCGGCGCAGUGGGAUUCCUCUAACCGGCUAGCCUGGAGCAGGCGGAACGGAAGCCUCUCCAACGAGCCAACAGAAGACCACACGUCGCUUUCGGCAGGCGGACAUUUCCUUCAGCUUGCUUCUCAACCCGGAGCUUUUGGUGUCACCGGGGCGAAGAUCAGGAGCCCUUACUUACGCGACGCCUCUCCAUCCUGCACUUUGAAGUUCUGGUAUUAUUCGACAAUGACUGACACCCGAUCCACCGUGAAGGUGAGAAUCGUGCAGAGCAUAUUCCGGCAUCGGGAGACGACGGUACUCGCGACGCGGGGUCACAACGGCACGAUACGAAGACACGAGUGGAGAUUGGCCACCGCGCGGAUCGCGAGAGUUCCUCAGCGGUUUUCUGUAGUGCUGCUUGGCGAGCUUGGGCCGGGGGACAAGACAUUUGCGGUCGACGACCUUUCGUUUACGUCGUGCGGAUUCUCGGGAUACUUGCCGCCUUUGAACUGUUCCAUGUUCUCGCGGUUCCGCUGCGCCAACGGAAACUGCGUGUCGCGGAAGCGGUUGUGCGACUUCAACGACGACUGCGGUGACGGGAGCGACGAAUCGUCGAGCGCGGGUUGCGGCGCGUUUCCAGGCCGUUGCGACUUCGAGGACGGCGUCUGUGACUGGAGCGUGGCUGGCACCGAAUGGAGGCUUCGCCGUAAGGAAGGCGUAAACAACUUGGACUUUGGUGACGACAGAAGGGACCACACCGCAAACUCCGCCUACGGAAAUUUUCUGUGGUUCCCGUUCGCGCCGAGGUCGCUCGGUAAAGUCGCAUCUUUCUCCAGCCCGCUUGUCAACUCGUCUGGUGAAACCAAGUGCUUCUUUCGUUUCUACUACACCUAUAUGACGACAUUCACCCACCUCGACUACGCUUUCUACGGUGCCAACUCGGGUAGUUUUGCCGUGUAUGCCCGCUUCGAUCUCCUUGGCGAGAUGAAGCUUUUAUGGAAGACGUCCAACGUGUUCGGCCAGCACUACGAACGAAAGGUGAUCAACCUUUCCUCUUUAACCGAAACGUUCCAGAUUGUCAUCCAAGCCAAGGCUGGCCAAGAUCGAAACGGGGCGUGGGCUGUGGACGACGUCUCAUUUACGGACGGAUGCAUGCUUUCCCGGGACGCGAGCCUUCCGACUCUUCUUCCCAAGACAACCCCAGUACCGACCGUUAAACCUUGUUUGGACUCGGAGUUUGCCUGUUCCGAUGGCAAGUGUGUUGACCUCGCGCGACGCUGCGAUUUCGUCGAUGACUGCUCCGAUGGUUCAGACGAAGCCGUCUGUGCGACUUGCAGUUUCGACAACGGGACGUGCGGUUGGCAGGACGUUAGCAUCGGACGAUAUUCGUGGGUUCGUCUCCGGAGGAGUCCGAAAGGAAUCGAGCCGACUGCAGACGUUUCCGGAAAAGGAUUUUUCAUGAGCGUAGAGGAGGGCGACGGCUCCGAAUCUGAAUUGGCUGUCCUUCGUUCGAACGAACACGGGCCAAGUUCUUCCGCAUGCUUGUUUGAGAUGUACUACUUCGUCUUUAACGUUACACCUGGCGAUGAGGUUCUGACGCUCAGUCUGCAACGGAAGAAUGAACCAUUCAAGAUUGCGCUCCUUCGGCUGUACCGGAAUACUAACCAGAAGUGGGUCAAGGCAAGCGCUAGAAUCGCGAGACAUGACAAGCCGGGGUGGUCUCUGGAAAUCUCGUCUGAGCUUCCGACUUUGGGAGCCCGGAUCGCCAUAGACGACAUAGGUCUUGUGAAUUGCUCCGACGGAACUACCGCAGGCAAAGACUGUACUGCGUUGGGCAAGCUGCCUUGCACGAACGCUUCGGGACACUGCUUCGAUGCCUCGCAGCGUUGCGACUGGAGCAAAGACUGUCCCGACGGAUCGGACGAGGAGGACUGUGGCCAGUUUCCGGAACGUUGCGACUUCGAGAGCGGACCCUGUGGCUGGACCGUGGACAUGGUGGAAGGCACGUCGCGUUGGAAGAUUCGGAGCAGCAACACGGUGUCCGAAGGCCUGGGACCCGACUUCGACCACACAUUCGGUAACGAGUCCGGACAUUACUUUUUUCUCCAGAAGGACGCUAACCCGCAAAGUCACGCCGGAAUCCGCAGCCUCACCUUCAAGAAGACGACGACCCAGUUGUGCAGAAUUCGGUUUUGGAACAUCAUUUCGGACGGCGCGAAGUUGGAGGUUUUCGUAUCUCCCAAGUCGGUUUCGGCUCGGAAUCACAGUCUUGCCGAGCUACACGGUAGUGAAGACGUCAGUACCUGGCAGAAGGCGGACAUUGCGCUGUCGAGUCCCAGUGAGUUCGAGGUCGUCCUGAGGGGCUGGCCGACUGCCGACAUCGCCGUCGACGACGUUUCCUUCACGCCAGAGUGCUCCAUCUCUAGCUCGAGCGUGGUUCCGACGGUGCAGCCCGGUUCCAAGUGCGACACCGACGAGGAGUUCACUUGCCGCGACAACAGCUGCAUACCGAAGGACCUGGUCUGCGACUUCAAGGCGGACUGCCCGGGCGGCUUCGACGAAGUGGGAUGUCCGAACGCGUGCAAUUUCGAAGACGACGAUGAGUGUGGCUGGUACAGCCCGUCGCUUCCACCGGGCGUCACGUGGCGCGCCAUGAGUGUCGCACAGGCCAAGCAACACAAGACCGGCGUUCCCCCGACGGACGCCCUCAAGAACGCUGCCGGUAGCUACCUUCUUUUCUUAGCGUCUCCCCUAGCUGCCGAGAUCGUGCAUCCCGCACGGCGAUUCAGCCCCGUCUUCCGACAAGCCACGCCCGACUGCAAGAUCAGCUUCUACCACUGGACCUACCUCCCGCUAAUCACGCCGAGACUCAUAAUCGCCUCAAACGUGACCGAAGAUGUUGUGCUCUGGGAGGGCGAGGCCGCCAGGCAGCUUCCCAAGUCAUGGAAAGCAGUAACUGUCGGCGUCGGUCGCCGCCGUGAACCGUUCCGCCUUGCGUUUGAAGUCACGACUCCGUCCAGCGGGGGUCCCCUCUUCGCAGUAGACGAGUUAAAGUUCGUUGACUGUGCCUACCCGAAACAACUUCCGCCCGAUGGAACAUGCGAGGGAACGCAGUUCCAGUGCGAAACGCGUCGCGUCUGCGUCGACGCGAGUAAGCGGUGCGACCUUUACGACGACUGCGGCGAUGGCAGCGACGAAAAAGGCUGCAGCAACGUACAAGUGACGUUCGACGACGGCAGAACCGGACAACUCCGCCUGGGUAAACGCAAAAGCGAAGAGACUGAGGGCGUCCUCAAGUUUCAGCGUGGAGCAUCACCCGAGCGUCGAAAGAGUGGCACGGGACCGCCGUUCGAUCACACGACCGCGAACGCGACGGGGGCCUAUCUCGAGUACGGUGGCGAGCUCGAAGGGUACAACAAGAUGGCCACGCUCGUGUCCCCCGUCGUCACCGGCGGAGUGCCGUGCGUCGUCACGUUUCACACGUACAUGUUCGGGAGGCACGUGCUGAUGCUUAGCUUGCACCGGACGUUCAGCAAGGAGGACGACGAGGGCGAGGAGUUGUGGUCACAGAAGGGGCCGCAGGGAGACUUCUGGGUUCGUCGGAGCGUGGACGUGACUCACGAGAGGAACAGCCAGCUCGUGUUUGCGGUGCGCUCUGGAACUGGACCCAGCGAUGUCAUCGCGUUGGACGACGUCAGCUUUGGCGACAGCUGCACGUUUUCAGGACAAGACUUUCCAGAUACAGAACCAUCCACACCCUCGGCAGUAACUGCCUCACCGCACAGCUGCGAUGCAAAUCAAUUUGCCUGUGUCUCUGACGGGUCCUGCCUUCCUUUGGACCGGGUUUGUGACUUCCGCAACGAUUGCGCGGAUGCCAGCGAUGAAAGCGGAUGUGUGAGUGCCAGGUGCGGCUUCGAAGACGGCGUAAUGUGUGGAUGGAAGGCGGUGCCCAACGCCUCCCUUAUUCAGCCUUCGAGUCCCUUGCCACGACUGGACGCUUACGGCUUGAGCAAUGACUACAUCUGGAGAGUCGUCCAGGCAAAGGAUGCGGUCACGAAGCAAAACGGAGAAUUGCAACCAAAGCAUGACCACGCAACCGGUUCAGAGGACGGGUGGUACGUGACGGCCAACUCCGCCUUCGGCACUGCGGGUGCUGCCACCCUGCUGUACUCGGACAAACGCGUGUCUCGCCUGUCUGGGGACUGUUACCUGGAGGCGUGGUUCUACUGCAGUUCGCUCUGCCUCAUGAAGCUGCUCGCCUACGACUAUGCGGAUGACUCCCUUUUGCCUUUGAACGAACGGCACAUCUGGAUUAGUCAGGCAACGAGUCGGAAGCAAUGGACACAAAUGAGAGCUUACCUGGGGCUGGCGCGAAACUUGCGGCUGGCCUUCCGUGCCGAAAGGAGAUCUCUGCCCCACGUGGUGCAGUCACUGGAUGACCUCUCGUUCCACUCGUGCGCCCCUCCACCACGGAUGGCGCCGGGUUCGCCCUGCAACCAGGACCAAUUCAAGUGCACCGUCGACAACUGGUGCAUCCCUCGCACUAAGCUGUGCGACCAGCAGUACGACUGCUCCGACAAGAGCGACGAGUCCGAGUCGGCCUGCAGCGCCUUCCGAAGCCGCUGCACGUUUGAGGAGCCCCACUGCGACGACUGGACGCACGAUCCGAGCAGCACGCUGCCGGCGUGGUCGCUGUCUCACGCAAAAUUCAACGGCUACGGUUAUCCCGCUGUUGAUCACACGCUGCGGACCCGCGACGGUUCUUACUUGUCCGUAUAUAAAAGAUGGGGCACUUCCUCCAGAGAGAAGCGUUAUGGACGUCUCGUUUCCUACGUGAUUCGAGCCGACCCAAAGCUUUCGUGCCAGGUUCGGUUCUGGUACAACGUCCCUAGCGACGGGAUUACGCUCAAUGUAUAUAGGAGGACCACCUACGAAGACGGCGGGACUUCGCACCUGCGCCAGCUGCCGACAACGGUCGUCGACUUUUGGGAGAGGGCCGAGCUGGACUUUGGCGUCUCGGAUAGGGACUUCGAGGUGGUGAUCGAGGUUGUUUUUGAGGGCUUCGUGAACUUCACCGGUGCCGCUCUUGAUGACAUCACAAUGACUGAUGGCUGCCGAAGGUCGAACGCCGAGCUUCCGGGGAAAAGCGCCGCGGUUGUCACGGCGCCUCCGAACUUGUGCGAACCGGAGAAGCUGCCGUGCAACGACGGUACCUGCUACCUCCCGUCGCAGCGCUGCAAUUUCUUCGUUGAUUGUCAGGACGGUACGGAUGAGAACGAUUGCGGUACUACCUGCGACUUCGAAGCAGGUCUCUGUGGCUGGUUCAACUCUCCCUCUGUCGAAGGGACAUGGGUGAGAACACAGUCCGCUGUCCACGGCGACCACACGUAUGGAAAUGGCACAGGGCACUUCUUGAAGCCGGCCGAUACCAGACCUCAAUUGGAGGGCGCGCGUGUUCAGCUCCACUCCAAGUUGUACAGGGAGUCUGGUCCCGAGUGCACCUUCACCUUCUGGAUGUACACACCUGCCCCAUACCUGGCGGCCGUGAACGUCCAUGUCAAGCACUCCGGCACACAAAACAAGGUGGGAACGCUCUUCUCGAAGACCAAGGGCUUUGUGCACCAGCGCUGGGUCCAGGAGUUGGUGAGGGUCGGCCGACGCACGGAGUUUGGUCUCAUCGUGGAGGGGAUCUGGGGCUACGCGGGUCAUGCGACGACGUACCUGGACGAUUUCGUCUUCCAGAAGUGCACAUCAGAUCAUCACGUGAGCAGCUGUGCUAGCAGCGAAUGGAUGUGUGCCGAUCGUGACAAGUGCGUUGCCGUGUACGAACGCUGCGAUGGAAAGCGGGACUGCACCGAUGGUAGCGACGAGAUGCAGUGCCUGAGCGAAUACGGAGACUGCAACUUCGACAUGGAGGACUGGACGACCGCUUGCAACUGGACUGUCGACACUGUCGAUGGAAAGCCUUCAUGGACAAGGGCCAAAGAAUCUCAUUCUGAAGACACGGGGCCGCCAAGCUCACACCAGGGCAGGCCUGGAACAUUCUUCCUGGUUGCAAACAGUUCGUGGCUACCCGAGGGUUCUCCGGCUGUGGCCAGGUCGCCUGUAUUCCCGGCCAGUCACAACAAGUGCCACCUGCGUUUCUGGUACUACAUGAAGGGAUCUCUGUCUAUGGAUUACCUCAGGGUUCAGACAGAUAGUUCCGGUGCGAGCCUUCCAAUGUGGCAAGACGUGGGAAACCGCGGAGCACGCUGGCUUUACGGGCAUGCCGUCGUGGGCCACUCUGAACCGUUCAACGUCGUGUUCGAAGCCCACAGAGGGGGUGACGCCCUCACGGACAUCGCCAUCGACGACGUGUCGUUCACUUCGAGCUGCUCAGAAGGAGGGGACGCAGUGCAGCCGACGGGGCACCCCUCGCUGUGUACGGAGGAGGAGUUCCUCUGCAAGGACAAGAGCAUGUGCGUCCCUCGGGACUUUGUGUGCGACUGCCAGGCUGACUGCCCCGACGGAAGCGAUGAGACUGACUGCGGUGCAGUAUGCGUCACCACUGCAUCCCCAGGGCCCGGGAAGCCGAGUGGACGCGCGGUCUCAACGCCGAGCUCCGUGUCGCUGACGACCACCUUUCCGUGCCCCAAAGGCUUUGUGAGCUGUAUGGAUGGAGAACACUGCAUCCCAGCACUGCUGCUCUGCGAUGGCGUUCGUGACUGCCCCGAUGGUGCCGACGAACAUUGUGGAGACGUACAGAUGUGCCCUGUCGGCUACUACUUCUGCAGCGAUCCUUCAAUCAAUCCGUGUCUUCAUCGCUCCAAGGUUUGCAACGGGCACAGUGACUGCAGCGACGGGUCUGAUGAAUCUCUCUGCGGCGAAUGCCCUGACUACUUCUGUCUCAAUGGCGGAAACUGCAGCAUAUUCCUCGGACGGGAGCCCCAGUGCGUGUGCCCGGGUGACUUGUUCGGGAACCGCUGCAGCAGGCGACUUGCGCAACCCGACUCCAUUAUCAACGAAUCCUCAGCAGUAUCCGGCUGGUCUUACGGUGCUCCAAUCUUCAUCCUCGCCAUCCUCGGGUUAGUGAUUGGGGUGGUGAUUUUCCUGCGGAAGAAGAAAGCACGGGACGAGGAUGAAGUAAUAUCCGUCCUGAACCCUAGCUAUGGCCUGCCAUUGGAUGACCUUGAACUGACAAGCCCUGAUGCAAGCGAUGUAACGUUUGUGCACGACGGCGUCUCCUCAUCUGGCAUCGUUAAUCUUGGCUACCAGAAUACAGAGUCUCAAUCUUGACCCUAGCUGCGCCAUUGGAAUAACUCACGUUCAACAAAUUCUACUGUGUUUACAUAAGCUUUGAACAUUAAUGUUGUGCAUGUCUUUUCACAUCUUAAUAAACAAAUAAAUACGA